AUCCAAGAAAUCUUUGCGACGCUUAUUUGAGUGAUUUUUCCUGUUCUCUUUGCGCCGUCUCCGUAUCCCUCUCUAGAACCUUAAUCGGUGACUGCUCCUCCGCCGCCAUGUCUAUGUAUAAGCUCCUCCGCCGCUUCGCCGUAUUCGGUCUCCGAAGCAGCAGCAGCACCAGCACCAGCACCAGCACCACCAGUUAUCUGGCCUCCCUCCAUCGCCGGUUCCACAACGUUUCUCUCAUACCGGACGAUCAAGCUACAAACCCGAAUCCAAACCCUAGGUGGGGAAAUGAUUCUGUUCCAUUUCAGAAUCGUCCUCCGGAUCUUAGCCCUACAAUGCCCUCCUACACAAUGCCUUCUUCGCUCCCUCACCGGACUAUGUCCUUCUCAUCCGCCGAAGAAGCCGCCGACGAGCGCCGCCGCCGCAAACGUCUGCUCCGGAUCGAGCCUCCUCUUCACGCGCUCCGGCAGGACCCCUCCUCUCCAUGGACGCCGCGUGAUCCCAACGCGCCACGGCUUCCGGAGACCACGUCCGCGCUCGUCGGACCUAAGCUUAGUCUGCACAACAGAGUACAGUCGCUUAUCCGUGCUUUGGACCUAGACGCAGCGUCGCGGCUCGUGCGUGAGUCGGUGUUCUCCAACAUCCGUCCCACGGUCUUCACCUGCAACGCCAUCAUCGCCGCCAUGUACCGCGCCAAGCGCUACAGCGACGCCAUCGCUCUGUUCCACUAUUUCUUCAAGCAGUCUGACAUAGUCCCCAACGUCGUCUCCUACAAUCAGAUCAUCAAUGCUCAUUGUGAUGAAGGUCGAGUCGACGAGGCUUUCGAAUUGUACCGCCACAUAUUGGCGAAUGCCCCUUUUGGUCCAUCUCCUGUUACUUACAGGCACUUGACGAAAGGUUUGAUUGACACCGGAAGAAUCGAUGAGGCUGUAGAUUUGGUGAGGGAGAUGUUGAACAAAGGACAAGCUGCGGAUUCGUUGGUAUACAAUAAUCUGAUUCGUGGGUUCUUGGAUAUGGGCAACUUGGAAAAAGCGAAUGAAUUGUUCGACGAAUUGAAGAGUAAAUGUUUGGUGUACGAUGGUGUUGUGAAUGCUACAUUCAUGGAGUACUGGUUCAAGCAAGGUAAGGAUAAGGAAGCCAUGGAGUCUUACAAGUCCUUGUUAGAUAAGAAAUUCAGACUGCAUCCCACUACUUGCAAUGUGCUUUUGGAGGUUUUACUUAAGUACGGUAAGAAGUCCGAGGCUGGGGCAUUGUUCGAUGAGAUGUUGGAUAAUCACUGUCCUCCAAAUAUUCUGGCCUUGAACACAGAGACGUUUAAUAUAAUGGUUAAUGAGUGUUUCAAGCUUGGACAGUUUAAGGAGGCUAUUGAUACCUUCAGGAAGGUCGGUACGAAGACAGGUUCAGGGGUAAGGGGAGGUUCAAAGCCUUUCAUUAUGGAUGUUGCAGGUUUUUCUAACAUUAUCUCAAGAUUCUGCGAACACGGGAUGUUAACAGAGGCAGAGAUGUUCUUCACGGAAAUGUGUUCCAAAAACUUGUCCCCUGAUGUUCCGAUCUAUAGAGCAAUGAUUGAUGCUUAUCUCAAGGCAGAGAGACUCGAUGAUGCUGUCCAAAUGCUGAAAAAAAUGGUGGAUUCAAAUUUAAGAGUGGUUGCUAGUUUCGGUGCAAGGUGUUUCAGGGAGUUGAUUAAGAAUGGCAUGGCCGUGGAAUCGGUGCAGAUUUUGACCAAAAUGGGUGAGCAAGAUCUGAAACCAGAUCUUUCCAUUUAUGAUUGCGUGGUUAGGGGUCUACGUGAAGUUGGUGCACUUGAAAUGGCCCAGGGCAUAGUUGAACAGAUGAUAGGAUACGGUAUUGGUGUUCCUCCUGCACUACGAGAAUUCCUCAUUGAGGCUUUCGAGAUAGCUGGGAUGCGGGAGGAUAUAGAAAGCGUCUUGAAUCCGAGGCAACCUCGGGCCGGUCCACCUCAUGGUGUGAUUGGAGAACGUUCUCCAUCAGGGCCUCCACAAACCGGAUCUCAGCAUUCCACAGGUUCCUACCCGAUAACCGCACGGCAAUCACCAUGGAUAGACAUAGAUAUUAUGGGGGAACACCUCUCACCGCAGGCCAAUGAGACUGCAGGUCAACAGCGACAUGGUUGGUUUAAUCAGACAGCCGUUCAACAGCCAUCCGGGACUUAUCAGACUAGCGGUGAGAAUCCGUCGAGUCAUCAAACCAGUGGCCAGAAUCUGCCCUUAUCUUACACACCCUCAGGUCAUCAGAUAUCUAAAGGACCAUCAUGGUCCGGUCAAUCAGCUGGAAAUCAACAAUCAUGGUCAGGAGCACAACCGACGUGGUCUAGUCCUGCAACAGGAUAUCAGACAUCAUUCGCUAAUCAGACGAAUGGACAGCAGCCAUCGUGGGCUCAUCAGACCGCUGCAUCAAGGGCAAACACUGCGGUGCCAGGAACCAAUCAGAUGUGGGGACAAGAUGGGUCGAGUUCCUCCCGGAUGUUUGGCCAACACCGCCAGAUGCAGUCUGGACAACCUCAGAUGAGUUCAGUCUACGAACAUCAACGACAAGAACCAGGCUCAUCCGCAAGUCAUCAAACAUAUGUGGAACCAACAUGGUCUGGUCAAGCAGUGAGGCAUCAACAACCAAUGUCCAGUCCUUCGGGAGCACAACCGACGUGGUCUAGUCCUGCAACGGGAUAUCAGAUAUGUUGGGCUAAUCAGACGAGUGGACAGCAGCCGUCGUGGGCUCAUCAGAUGGCUGCAUCAAGGGCAAACACCGCAGUGCCAGGAACCAAUCAGAUGUGGGGACAAGAUGGGUCGAGUUCCUUCCGGAUGUUUGGCCAACACGGCCAGAUGCAGUCUGGACAACCUCAGACAAGUUCAGUUUACGGAUAUCAACGACAAGAACCAGGCUCAUCCGCAAGUCAUCAAACAUAUGUGGAACCGGCAUGGUCUGGUCAAGCAGUGAGGCAUCAACAACCAUGGUCCGGUCCUUCGGGAGCACAACCGACGUGGUCUAGUCCUGCAACGGGAUAUCAGACAUCAUUGGCUAAUACGAUGAGUGGACAGCAGCCGCCAUGGGCUCAUCAGACGGCUGCAUCCAGGGCAAACACUGCAGUGCCAGGAACCAAUCAGAUGGGGCAACAAGAUUGGUUGAGUUCCUCCCAGAUGUUUGGCCAACACGGCCAGAUGUGGUCUGGACAGCCUCAGACUAGUUCAGUUUACGGACAUCAACGACAAGGACCAGGCUCAUCCGCAAGUCAUCAAACAUAUGUGGAACCAACAUGGUCUGGUCAAGCAGUGAGGCAUCAACAACCAUUGUCCAGUCCUUCGGGAGCACAACUGAUGUGGUCUAGUCCCGCAAUGGGAUAUCAGACAUCAUUGGCUAUUACGAUGAGUGGACAGCAGCCGCCGUGGGCUCAUCAGACAGCUGCAUCCAGGGCAAACACCGCGGUGCCUGGAACCAAUCAGAUGGGGCAACAAGAUGGGUUGAGUUCCUCCCAGAUGUUUGGCCAACACUGCCAGACGUGGUCUGGACAGCCUCAGACUAGUUCAGUUUAUGGAUAUCAACGACAAGAACCAGGCUCAUCCGCAAGUCAUCAAACAUAUGUGGAACCAUCAUGGUCCGGUCAAGCAGCGAGGCAUCAACAAACAUGGUCCGGUCCCCUGGGAGCACAACCGAUGUGGUCUAGUCCCUCGACGGGAUAUCAGACAUCAUGGGCUAACCAGACGAGUGGACAGCAACCAUCGUGGGCUGCAUCAAGGGCAAAUACUCUGGCUCCAGGAACCUAUCAGAUGUGGGGACAAGACAGGUCGAGUUCCUCCGAGAUGUUUGGCCAGCAUAGGCAGUCACUGUCUGGACAGCCUCAGAUGAGUUCAAUUUACGGGCAUCAGCAACAGGAACAAGAAAUGCAAGGAUUAUCUCUGGAGUGGGAAGACAUGCACAACCAAGCUGCGAUUUGAUUCUAUACCAUGAGGUGGGUGGCCGUUUUGGUUUUUCGGUUCGGAUUCUGUUAGGCUAUAUUUGGGUUUGCUUUUUUCGGUUUAUAUUAGCUUCAUUUUGGUUCGGGUUCGAUAUCGAAUUCAGUUUGGCUCUGGUGGUAUAUUAUUCUGUUUAGAUCGGUUUGGUUUGGUUUCGGUUUAUGGAUAACCAAACCCUAGUCAUGGCAAGAGGGUACUUGUUAUGGAAACUUCUCUUUAAUGCGUUCAAUAAUAUUACUUGGUUCAGAACUUUGAUAUUUUAUUAA